AUGUCAAAACGAAUAGGUACAUUAACAAGAACAGCACAAAUACUGCUGGAUUUGCGAACAGGCUUAGGGGCGGCAAAGUUGAGUCCCAGAGUACGAAAAAUUUCAUUGUCAUUCUCGAGGAAAGAAUUUAAUGCUGGGGCCAGAUAUUUCUUGCGCGAGAAUUUACCCAGAAUCGCGUACAAUAAUCCCACCAUUCCUAUUGAGGUGGAGAUAAGUAAAGAGAAGGGAAUAAUGCAAUCACUAAUAGUUGAGCUUGAUGACCCAAAAGACACGUUAGCAUUCGACUGUCAACGCCAGAGUUCAGAUAUUUGUCGCGAUUUGUUGAAUGCUACUCAAGCUGUUCCUGCUAUUCUUUUACUAAAUGAACAGUCCAAAAAAGACCUUUUUCUAGAUAAAGAUGAUACGCCAAAAGUUGACAUAAAGAAAUGGGUUUAUUGA